GGCCAACGACCAUAUAUUAAUAUGACUCACAAGACAGAGAGCGCUCCUCGGGUUAUACAAACAAACGGCCAACGACCAUAUAUUAAUAUGACUUACAAGAUAUGUGACAACCAUUGAUUGUAUCACAAACAAGGUGGGAUAUCAUGUUGCUGUUUUGUUCUGUGUGGAUUCAUAGCUUCACGUCUGAAAUACGGUAAGACCGGUUUCCACAUCCGCUGGGUUACAAACAUAGGUCUUUGUGCUUAUUUGUCAACAUCAUUCUUUUACCACGCCAACACCCACGUCUUUACUUGUACAAAGAAAGCAUGUUACUGUUUCAAAUGCUGAUUUCUCUGGCUGCUAACGAUAAGCAGCCAGAGAACGCCAUCCCUGCUCAAACCAUGGCAUGCUUCGGCCAUUGGGAGGCGAGUCUCCCCGCUGAGCAAGUAGUGCACGGCCGGACUUAUUCCGUUUUAAAAGUGCUACGCUCUUAUUCUUUUUUGUGUUUUAAUGACAGCUAACAUCUGAAAGGUUUAUUACCGCCUAACAAGUGGUGCGCUCUGUUCCUCGUCUUUAUGUUAACAGUAGCUCACACGGCUACCGUAAAACCUGUUUCUUAGCGCAAUAUGCUGAUGCGCUUUUUCUACCGUAAUAACUGCCCGUACGCAACGUUUUCUCCCUCAGACAUAAACUGUUAACAUAGGGGACAGCUUUAGCCGGGGUCCAGCUUUAGCAGGUGGUCCAAAAUGGACAAGCCACGGAAAUCGGGGGAUGUUUGCUCACCCAGCUACAGUACGCCUGUUAAGUCAGCCUUAGGUUCUGAGCUAAGCUACAAACUAAGCUAACAGAGAAAUACCUGUCGACGGCUUUUUAAACUUUCUUUUUAUGCGUUUUGCGGGUUUUUUAUUGUGUAAGUAUACCGUUACAGUUAUUUGCUUAAAUACUUUAUUUUUUAAAAUAUGUAUUUUAUCUCUAAAGUAAUGCGUCACAUCAGGUGACAAAACGCAGCUCUCUGAUUGGCUAUAUUGUCGGUAGUUAUGGGCCAUUCUUCUCUGGAAUGUUCCUUUCCGAUUCUGCUUUCGUCGAGCUUUCCACUUGUGCGAGACUUCUGCAGUUUGGAAAUUUCCUUGUGCUACCAGUGCUGUUACAAAUUACAUUACACACAUUUAUAUUCUCUAUCAACACAUUAAAGGCACCUUACAUCACAAUCCCAUCAUUGACAAACCGCAUCCCUGAUUUGCAUAUUCGAUUACAACACAAAACCGCACACAUACAUACACACACACACACACACACCCACACCCUUACUGACAGAUAUACUCAGCAUAAAUUACUAGCAUCCCUGCAAAUACAACUGUUGUAUAUUACAAAUUUAAGGCAUAUUUUUCUGUCUGGUUUUUGGAUAACAUAACUUUCCUUCCAAGUCUUAGUCUUUCUGAAAGCUUCCCAGGAUGCCACGCAGAGGUAGGCGCUCGGAGGCGGCCAAGAGGAGAUGGAGGCGUCUGGACCAGGAGGAUCUGCAGUCCACCUCAUCGGAUCGCACCAAGCCCGGAACGCCACCCACCACCUCACCGGUUUGGUCCCCCACGAAGUCUCCGCUGGUAAAGAUGUCCAGGCUGCUCGAGCCCCAGUCUCCUGACGAGGCGUCGUCGAGUGCCACAGCGUACCAGGAGGAGCCCCGUGAGCCAUUGACCUUUCUUCGGUCAGGCCGGGGGAUGGGGCAUCGUCAUCGGGUGAAGCAGUGGCCGCGCUCCGAUGUGACUGGGCUCAGUCACAAGUUGGUCCUCCCAGCUGAGGUUCCGGAGAAGAAGUUUGCUCUGUUGGUUGGUGACUCCCAUUUACGUGCUAUCGUAGAUGGCUUUGUCACCAUGCCAGAGGGCAAGUUCUCCUUUGGGUUCCUUGCAACCCCCGGGGCCUCUGCGGCUCAGUUGAGGCGUGAGGUGCAGAAGGCAGUUCUACCCCGGACUCCCGAGGUAGUCUGUCUGUUAGCACCCAGCAACAACUUGACCGCCAGCAGGACACCGGAGGAGGCAGCUGUGGACUUUGACGACUUGCUGGCCACCAUCUGCAGCCGCUGGCCUAACGUGGUUGUUGUGGACUUUCCUCCACGUCUUGUUGUGGAGGAAAGCCUGCAGCUUCUGCUGCGGCAGGCGUACCACCGGGUGGCUGCUCGGAGAAGUGUUCGGUACCUUUCUGUCGCUGAAUACUUCCCUCUCAGUCGUCUGGAGCUGUGGAGCAAGGAUGGCGUUCACCUGAGCGACAGUCCUGGGAUGGAGGUUCUUGCUGAGUUGCUGUGGGUUGCCACCUACACGCAGCUCGAUGCAAGUGAACCGAAAUCUCCUCCAGCUCCUGUGACGGCCUCCCCUCCCCUGGUCAGAAGUUCCCCCCCUCCUAGGCUGGUGGUGGUCGGCGAGGUGGCGUCUCCACGUCCUUCCAACCCCUUCGAAUGGACACUUGUGGAAGGUGGCCAGAAGCAGCAGGUCCAGGGUGAUGACGUCGGUCCACACUCCAGCAGGAGGAUGGUUGACCAACAGGGAGACCUGCUGGACUCUUCCAUUCCUCCAAAUCCUGUGUGGUUCAGCCCGGCAUUGCUAGAGGAGAUGGAUCGGAUCGUCCCCUCGUCUGGCUGUGACUUCCUGGAACCCGCUUGUGCUCCGAAGGGGAAGAAGGUGUUCUUCUGAUAUUUUUUUUUCUCCUCCUACCACCAGGGUUUAUGUAGCAACCAUGUUGUUUGUUCUAAAAGACACACUGAAGGAGCGGCAGGUGUGACCCUCUUUCUUAGUUU